AUGUUGGAAGCUCUUGUUUCAGAGAAACCAACUGUUACCACUAGGGAACUUGCAGAACAGUUAAACGUGGCUCAUACAAGCGUGGUACGCCAGCUAAAACACAUUGGAAAGGUUUCAGUGCCUGGAAAAUGGGUCCCUCGCGAGCUCUCUCCAGGGAAUCGACAACGGAAUGCUGCUUGUGGACAAUCAUUGCUUUCGCGACACUUUCAAGCAACAUUUUUAGACAGGCUUGUUACAGGUGAUGAGAAUCGGAUUCUUUACCAUAAUGUUAAACACCGCCGUUCUUGGAUCAGUCGAACAGGGCGGCCAGUUCAACAAAAGAGAGCAGGACUUCAUCGAAAGAAGAUCCUGUUGAGAAUAUGGCGGGAUAUUAAACGAGUAAUCCAUUAUGAACUGUUGGACAGCAACCAAACAAUGAAUGCUAAUCUUUACUGUGAGUAA